GAUUGAAACGCGUGUCUGCUGUUAUAAUCUGUACUUAAUCUUGAUAUUAUUGAAUCUUUCAAGUCUGAAUCUUCUCAUUCUUCAGUUUUCAACCUUUGGUCUGAAAGGUUAAGCACCAGCUGUAAAGGGUUUCACUGAUGAGCAUGAAAAUCGAUGAGACCUACGCAGAUUUUGUAUAAUCAUUGCUACUAAUUCACAAACUUAACAUUGAGUCAAUUGAGUGAAUUGAAGUACGAAGUUUGAGAAUCGCAACAAUCGAUAUGACAUCUUUCUCUAAUGAAGAAGUUGUGAUUAUAACUGGAGCCAGUUCUGGAAUAGGCGCUGGAUCAGCGGCCAAAUUCGCCCAACUAGGAGUUGCGAAACUGUGUCUAACCGGACGAAACCAAGAAGCCCUGAAUAAAACACGAAGCGACUGCAUCGCGGAAUCGAAAGGACGCCUGAAUGAUUCCGAUUUCGUCAUCGUAACUGGUGACAUUACAAACGAAAUUGUGUGUUCGGAAAUAGUGGAAAAAACAGUUGCACAGUUUGGAAAAAUCGACAUCUUAGUGAACAAUGCAGGAAUGGUCAAUGUCGGAACAUUCGAGCAUAGCCCAGUUGCGGAAUUGGACCAACUAAUAAACACAAAUGUUAGGUCAAUAGUUGUUCUUACUCAAUUGUGUAUUCCGUAUUUGAAGAAAACAAAAGGAUCGGUUGUGAAUUUGUCAUCUCUCUAUGGCUACAGGCCCAUUGCAGACGCAGGCUACCAGUGUAUGGCCAAAGCAGCUGUUAAUAUGUACACCCAGUGUCUGGCUAUGGAGCUGGCACCUCAUGGUGUAAGGGUAAAUGCUGUCAACCCUGGAUUGAUAAGAACAAAUAUUUUGACCAGAGAAUGCAUGUCAGCUGAGGAGUUUGCGACAAUGUUAGAACAGGCGAAGAGUUCUCACCCACUGGGUCGAACUGGAGAAGUGGAAGAUGUAGCAAAUGCGAUUGUGUUUCUGGCCAGCAAGGCUGCCAGUUUUAUGAUUGGAAAUCUGACUCCGGUUGAUGGAGGCAGAAAUUGCGUAACUAAUUAACUCUGUCGUAAUGUGAUCCGAAUUCAGUGACGAGAAAACAGUUGUUGAAAACUGAAUAAACGUAGAAAACAGAUUAGUUAAAUUCAGAAGCAGAUGCUGUUAUGACAUUACGAAGCCAAACUGUGCACUGGAUAGG